GAAAAACCCUACCGCCUGUAUUCCGCACAAGGGUAUUUACGUAAACGAAAGCUUCUGGUUGCCCUAAUGCAUCAUUUCUCACCUAUAUAUACUCUCAAACUCAUCAGAAUCAUCCCUGCUUUGUAUUCUCUCAUCUUUGCUCGGCCGCAGCAUUCACUCAACUAAAGGUUAGUAGAUCUACAAGAUUGUUUAAUAAUUUAUGAGUGCCGCGUUUAUAUAUAGAAGCAUUUCAUGUGGUCUCUUAAUUUUAACCAUGCUUUCUUAAUGAAUCAAGCUGUUUGCUUUGUUUUUAUUUAAAUAGUAGUAGAAAUGGUGUUUAAGUACGUGUAUCUCCCGUAUCUUUGUUUAUAUUGAACGUCUAGAUCCUUACUGAUCGAGAUCUUUGUUACUCGCGCUAUUGCUCGGUCAGAGUUAUCUUUGAGAUUUUCUCUGUAUUCCUUGUUCAGAAGGCCUGGAGUAUUGUAAAUUUUUGCUUGAUUUUGAUUAUAUGUGUGAGAACUAACUAUUUUGAAGAUCUCGAUGUCUUAUGUUAGCUCAUCUCUGUUUGUAAGUUAUACGGAGUUUUUUUAUUGCCAUAAUUUGUUGUAAUCCAUGAUAAGAUUUUGUCUGGGGUAUUGUCAAUUGAUGGUUUAUUUUAUAAUAAUGUGUGAGAUGUGUCUGAUCUGAAGAUCUGGGUGUCGUUCGUUGUGUCAACCAAGUCACAAAAUAUUUUCAGACACUAUACAGUGAUAUGUUCUUAUAAACUUUGAAUAGCAUAUGCUGAGUUUUAUGAUAUUCUAUAUGUGGUUAUUAGUCGUUGGGCAAGUUAUUAAAUGGAAAACGUGUUUACUAUUGCUGAGACUCCAUUUUAAUCUCUAUUUGCUGACAGGUAUCAUAAUCCACCAUGGGUAAAGAAAAGAUUCACAUCAGUAUUGUGGUCAUUGGCCAUGUCGACUCUGGGAAGUCAACCACCACAGGUCAUUUGAUCUACAAGCUAGGAGGUAUUGACAAGCGUGUGAUUGAGAGGUUUGAGAAGGAGGCAGCUGAGAUGAACAAGAGGUCCUUCAAAUACGCAUGGGUUCUUGACAAACUCAAGGCUGAGCGUGAGCGUGGUAUCACAAUUGAUAUUGCUCUGUGGAAGUUUGAGACCACUAAGUACUACUGCACUGUCAUUGAUGCUCCUGGACAUCGUGACUUCAUCAAGAACAUGAUCACUGGAACCUCGCAGGCUGACUGUGCUGUCUUGAUCAUUGAUUCUACCACUGGUGGUUUUGAAGCUGGUAUCUCCAAGGAUGGUCAGACCCGUGAACAUGCUUUGCUUGCUUUCACUCUUGGUGUGAAGCAGAUGAUUUGCUGCUGCAACAAGAUGGAUGCUACGACCCCCAAGUACUCAAAGGCUAGGUAUGAAGAAAUUGUCAAGGAAGUGUCAUCCUACCUGAAGAAGGUCGGCUACAACCCAGACAAGGUCCCCUUUGUUCCAAUCUCUGGUUUUGAGGGAGACAAUAUGAUCGAGAGGUCUACAAACCUUGAUUGGUACAAGGGACCAACCCUUCUUGAGGCUCUUGACAAUGUCAAUGAGCCCAAGAGGCCGUCUGACAAGCCCCUCCGUCUCCCUCUUCAGGAUGUGUACAAGAUUGGUGGCAUUGGUACUGUACCUGUUGGCCGUGUUGAGACUGGUGUGAUUAAGCCAGGUAUGGUGGUCACUUUUGGGCCAACUGGUCUGACCACUGAAGUAAAGUCUGUUGAAAUGCAUCAUGAGUCUCUUCCAGAGGCCCUUCCUGGUGACAAUGUGGGAUUCAAUGUGAAGAAUGUUGCUGUUAAGGACAUCAAGCGUGGGUAUGUUGCAUCUAAUUCCAAAGAUGACCCUGCCAAGGGAGUUGAAAGUUUUGUCGCACAGGUCAUCAUCAUGAACCACCCUGGUCAGAUAGGAAAUGGUUAUGCCCCGGUUCUUGACUGCCACACCUCCCACAUUGCUGUCAAAUUCUCUGAAAUAUUAACCAAAAUUGAUAGGCGAUCUGGUAAGGAGCUUGAGAAGGAGCCCAAGUUCUUGAAAAAUGGUGAUGCUGGAAUGGUGAAGAUGGUUCCCACCAAGCCCAUGGUUGUUGAGACCUUUGCAGAGUACCCGCCUCUUGGGCGUUUUGCUGUGAGGGACAUGAGGCAAACUGUUGCUGUUGGUGUUGUCAAGAGUGUGGAUAAGAAAGAGGCUUCUGGUGCUAAGGUUACUAAGGCCGCCCUGAAGAAGAAAUGAAUCGUGUCUUUGCUUCCUCAGAGUGUGCUGUUUUGGUCAAUGUGUUGUCCUUUAAUAACUCGUUUGUUUGAUGUCCAUUCUCAGAAUUGGGUGCUGGAUAGGCGGUGGAGAGACUUUUCUUUUCUGUUGGUCUUUGUUUUGUGAGUUUUUUUUUUGUAUUGGGUGCCCUUUGCUAUCGUUAACCAACGGGCUCUCUGAGUUUUGUUGUCAUUCAGUUUAUGUUGGACUCUAUGAGAAAUGUAAUGCUGGUUUCCUAGCUUUUAUGUUAAAAUACAAUAUGUGUUUGUUAUAAGCUGUUUUACAAGUCCAUGAAAAAACAUAUGUCGUCGUGUUCUUAUUUUUAGGUAGAUGUGGGAACCAAGCACAUUAUCUAACAUAUCUCGAGUUGGAUGUCCUUUGCAGUUUGCGG